GCUGUCAGUUGUGUUUCGUUUCGUCGUCGUUCGUCUCGUUGCAUCAAGUCGGGUGCAGAUUUUUACGAAGAAAAUCAAGCAAAAAAAAAAUGCCGGAAGCACCAGCACGUAAUCCUUUGGAGAGCUUCACCAAUGCUGUUAGUGCUAUGAUCGAUGGACCUGUUACAUGGUUCCGUGAAUCCGUCGUCGAGCCGAACCGCAAGAACUACCCGUGGUACCACCAGCAAUUCCGUCGUGUUCCGUCCAUCGACCAGUGCUACACCGACGAUGCCGUGUGUUUCUUCGAAGCCAACAACCAGUUCAAGCGCGACAAAAUGGUUGACAAUGAGAUCCUGAACAUUCUUCGUCAACGUUUUGAGGACUGUGUCAUGUAUGAGCAACCGGAUCACGAACGCAAAUGCAGAGCACUGUUGGAUCAAUACGAAAAGGGUGCCGAAAAUUGGUUUAUCAAAUACGGUGAUCUCGGAGGUUAUGCCAACGCCAAAACCGCCUACAUGAAGCAGAAGCACCGCAUGGUGUGGGAGAGACGUCACGGACCAGUCGGUACCGGAAUGAAGCAAUCCGAUGAUGCUGCCCCAGAACACUGAAGCAGGUGGUUCGUUGGUCGGGAAUGCUCUACGACGAAAAGAGGUAAUCGCAGUAGUUUGAAAAUUGGUUAUUUCUUAUGAAAUCGUGUAAAUAUAAGAACAACACUGAA